AUGGUAGCAUGCAUUUUUCACGAGGGCAAGACUAAGGUGUACAUCUACACAACACAAAGUAGAGAGCAAGAAGAGAGGGGGACAGAGGACAGAACAACAAGGAAAAGAAAUACAUAUGCUCUUAUCAUCGAUUCAAAGAAGGAAGAGUAUAGAGAAACAGUCCGGAAGAUCAAAGCUACGAUAGCAAACGAAGGAGCAAAGAACGCCAUUAGGGAAAUUAGGAGCACACGGGAGGGGAAGGUUAUCAUUAAAUUGGAUAAGGAUGAGGCAGCACUGAAGAGCCUAAAGGAUAAACUGAACGGAGUCACUAAUGACCAGGACAAGAAAUUGUUCAGAAUUCGAAGUGUAGGUGAAAAACUGGAAAUGGAAACAAUCCAUAUUAGAGGGAUUGACGAGGCAACGGACAUAGAAGAGUUAAGAUCUGCCAUCGAAGAGAAGGUGGGAAGACUGGAUCAAAACGAAAUUCAACUAGGCCAGUUAAGACAAAACCGCGGAGAAACACAAGCGGCGACAAUUAGAAUGAUUAAAAAGAAAGCUGAAGAGAUUCUAAAGGAAAAAACGAUCCAAGUAGGGAUGGUAAGGGCGCAAGUGGAAAGAAGGGUGGAGGUUCUUAGAUGCUACAACUGCCUAGGCUAUAACCAUAAGGCAUCAGAAAGCACGGAAGAAAGACGCAAUAAAUCAUGCUAUAGGUGUGGUGGUGAAGACCACAUGGCUAAAGACUGCAAAAGCACGGAAGAGUUUUGUGUUGUGUGUCGAAGCGCAGGCCAUAGAGCUGGCAGCGGAAAGUACAGGUUGUUCAAGCAGGCGCUAGCAGCAGCAAAGAAAGAACAUAAGUCCAGGGGAGGACAGAAAAUCAGCAGAUGUCAAACCUGUAAAGUGGAUGGCCAUAAGGAAGAAACAAUGGCAUGCCCAAAACACAGAGAUGCCCUGCGGGAUAAAACAGAGAAGAGGAAAAGGAUUUCGAGUGAAAGGAUGGAGGAGGAGUCAAAUCCGACAUCAUCAUGA